CAUCUGCGUGGUGAACUCGGAGACUUUUUCGUGGGCUGCAUCUUCACGGCCGAGCUCAGCACCCCGUUUGUGUCUCUGGGCAAGAUCCUGAUUCAGGUGAAAAUGCAAGAUUCCCUCCUGCAUAAGAUCAACGGGAUCCUCAUCCUGGUCACCUUCUUCCUGUGCCGGAUCCUCCUCUUCCCGUACAUGUACUGGGCCUACGGGCGACAGAUGAACCUGCCUAUCUACGAGGUACCCUUU